AUGACAUGUCAGGAAUGGUUGCUAAGGCAAUUUAAUGGAGAGAGCUGUUCUAGGGAGGAGGGAUAUAUUGGUCAGAGUAUAUUAAACGUCAAUACCAAUUCAACGUGUAAUUCGCUGCUGAUGUUGAACGGUCAUCGUAGUCCGUCCAGUCCACACAAUCUCCCCUCCCCUACCAGUCCUAAUCAUUGGAUACAAAAUACACAUAAUGUGUACAGUCCACUGAUGGUGGUCGCUCCAGUGACGUCCUGUUCCGCUGCCCUCCAAUCUACACCAUUAAACAUCAUGUCUCAAUGUCCAGCCAGCGUCAUCCCGUCCACCAACAAUCUGGCCGCAGUCAACGGCUACCAGAAUGAUUACCCUCCGUCCAGCGACUUUAUUUCAGUCAUACCACAACAUCAACAUCAACAGCAUCAAAAUAUUCAUCAACAUCAAAAUAUUCAACAGCAACAGACUUCUUGUUUUAACCAAGCAUCAAGUUGUAAUAAUAGUGAUUCAACGAAUUCUCCUCAUCAGACUCCGACGUCCAGCUCUAGUCCUAUCAAUCUAGGUAGCCCCUGUCAUCCAGAUUUAUCAGGGAUACAGACAGCCAGCAGUGCCAUUGGUGGUAUAUUAAAGAGAGAUACCCCCUUAUCUAGCAGUGGGCAUACAUUAGAUCUGUUGGGAUUGAGUAAAACUACUGCCCUUCCACCUUUAACCAAAUCACAGUCAAUGUUUCUUGACAGACAUAUUGGAAAUGGAGACCAGUCAGAUGUGUCACUUACUAAUUCUAAUAGCUCAGAUAUACUAGCUCCUGGUAUUGAAAGAAAGAGUUCCAUGUCGUCUAUUUAUUCAGCCAUGGCUUAUUCUUCACCGUUUGACUAUGAGGAGAAGAAAUUGAUGGCUUUAAAAGCUAUAAGAAAGAAACCUGAGGGUGAAUCAAGACACCCUACUGACGCCUGGUCUGGAAUGGGAUUCUCUAAAUCUAUGCCAGAAUCAGCUAUCAGAGAGAGAAUGGGACAAAUUGGUAUUUCUUCUAAAUGUGACUCUACAAUGGCCGCAUUUCAGUCACCAGGCAAUGAUAUAUCAGAAGGAAUAGAUUUAGACCGAGAUCCAUGGAGAGAUCAAAUCGUACCAGUUAAUGCUCCUUUAAACAAAGCUCCUGGUGAAUAUCCUAGUCCCAGAAAGAAAUAUGUUAUAAUAUUUAGAAUAUUUAUCUGUAUUUUAGAUGAGUUUGGUUUAAGUAACAGUAAUCAUGUAGACAGUGCUAUCUUACCGUGUAAAAAUUGGUCACAUAAAACCGACCUGGCUGAACUAUUCACUACCAUGGGUCUGGGAAAAUAUACAGACCUGUUCUCACAACAAGAGAUUGAUAUAUCUACAUUUACGACGCUCACUGAUCAGGAUUUACGCGAGCUGGGUAUUUCUACAUUUGGAGCCAGAAGAAAAAUGUUAUUAGCUAUUGCAGAUAUGAAUAAAAGAAAGACAUUACGUAAUGUAAAUAUCCCCAGUAAUUCAUCCAGUACCCCCUAUACGACUGCUGAUUCUUCGGAUCAAAAUAACAUGAUACAACGAUCACGCUCAGACUUUCCUAGCCUUAGUGGACGCUGGUAG